CACUGGCGGAGCUCUAGACCACAGUCCGUAGCCAGAUGCGUCACCCCACAUCUUUCACAAGGUAGACUCUAGACUACCGGCUUCCGGUCUCCGGAUUUAGAGCAGGAGGCCCAGGGGUCUGAAUAAGCCCAGGUCCGCCGGAGCCUCAAGGUCCCCAAUCACCCCCUGUUGGGAACGGAAAAUCGGGGGUGGGGGAAACCAGGAUGACAGUCCGAGUCUAUUGCCUGGGGGUGCCAGAGCGGGCGGGGCCUCGAAGGAAAGAGAAACCCCAGAACCGAGGCUUCUCCCCAUUUGGCCCCCAUAACCGGGCCGCUCUCCCCACCCCCGGGCGCCUUAUCGAAGCGCAGCAGUAGGCGGAGAAGGCGGAGUCGAGUGGGGAGGGACUGAGGCCACAUGGGGGGCUAGCGGUUCAGAGGGCCAUCGGCUUACAGACCAGACCCUGGGACCCAAUUGGCUCGGCUCCCGCGGGCGGAACAGAUCUGAUUGGUCGGUUUACGAGCCCACAAGCCCUAUGGUUUGCGCGGAGGGCUAGGUGAGGACAGAGGAGGGGGCUGCGCCUAGCCGGGGCCCAGGUAGGUCCAUAACGCGUUGGUUCCCUCGUGUAGCGAGCUCAGGGUUCUGCUCAGAAAGACCUAUUUUCGGCUCUCGCACACAAGAAGGCCUACGCAAAGACACUCGUCCCUCCCACGCUUAGUAAAUCCGGACACCAACGAAAAGCCCCUAAUUGCGAUUUCCACCGACACGAUGCGCGCUGUACACAUGCGCUCGUGCACACUCCGGCACACACGCACACACACGCACGCACAGACUCGGCUGUCUCCAGAGGCAACUGGGCUCUGCCUCCCACCCUCCUUUCGGUGUGUGGUGCGCGGGGGCGCUGAGAACAACGGUCCCUGACUCUCCUGAGCUAGUAGGACCGUGAGAAGCCGCUCUUCGGUGAAGGAAGGGUGGAGCCAGGAAAUGGGAAGAAGAGAAGCGCACCCGACCUUUGGGAUCCCCGGGACAGGAGAGAGUAGGAGGGACCACCAAGAACCCCCCCUUCCUACACUUGCCCUGCUCUCCCUCAGCCCUCCCCCGCCACACCCCGCCGCCCGCCGGGGUCUCAGCCUCGGAGAAGUCGUCAGCGGCCGGCCUGCUUCGGGUCUCCUAGGUUCGAAUCUGGCCCAGGCCGUCCCCAAGGGAUCGUUCGCAGAGCUCCGCUCCCCUCACCCCCACCCCGACUCCCCGUAGGGCCGCCGUGGCCAGGAUGGGGGCGGGGCCUGGGGAAGGCUUUUUGUGCCUGAACGGCCGGGGAAGGAAGUCUGAGGUUAACAGCACUCUCAGCCUGCGCGGUUUUUCGCCAUCGAGCCCAAUUCCAGCCGUCAGGCGCGGGUGGUGUGGGAGCCGCGUCCUUCCUUUCACGGGGCCCGGGGAGAUGAGAGUAGUCUCCUCCCCGCGGGCGGGACGGAGCUGACGCGUGCGGGUUCCAGAAAGCCUCCGCUGAGGCGUCGCAGUUCACACCUACUUCCCGCCCCCACGCGCCCGGACUUAGCGGCCCAGUGGCUAUUCUCCCGGCGCUGUGGCCGCUCGGCUGGGGUUAGCGAGGCUUGGUGGGCACGGCUGCGUGGAGGGGCGAGAAAACCAGCCCUCGUUUCCAGCCGCGGAGGCUGCUGGAAAGGUUCCCGUGGCUCAAUUUAAUUCAAUUCAGCAAGCAUUUGUUACGCACCUACUAUGUGCAAGACGGUGGUAAGCGCUGCUGGAAACGGCAAUCCCGAGCCAAGGAUGCUCCAGUUGCCUAAGGGUCUCUCGUUUCUUGUUUCCUCACGCUUCUGAGCCUCGCUCCUGCUCUCCUGCUCCUCUCCGCUCCCCUCUUCUCUCCUUCCUCUCCUGUCCUCUCCCCUCUUCUCUCCUUCCAGCCGCCUCUGCCUCUGCCUCCUCCUCCUCCUUGGAUACCAAGUUACCAACGUUAAACCAAUCCCCAAGCGCAACUUGGCCUCCUCCACACCCUGCCCCGCCCCGCCGCGCCGAGCCCAGGCAAGCGUCCUCCCCGUUUCUCCCUCUCGUCCUCUUCCUCACCCUCUCCAUCUCCGCUUCCCUGCGCUCCGGCUCCGCCGGCAAUGACCUUCUCUCGGCCGCUGCUGCUCCGGGCACUGCUCGCCCUUGUGGGGUCCCUCUGUCUGGGGCUGCUUGCCCUCUCAGGGGCGGCGCAAGAGCCAUACUGGGCAGACCUGCAGCCCCGGUCCGCACUCGUGGAGCGAGGGGGCUCGCUGUGGCUGAACUGUAGCACCAACUGCCCACGGCCCGAGCGGGGCGGGCUGGAGACCUCGCUUAGGAGGAACGGAACGCAGAGGGGGCUGCGCUGGCUUGCCCGCCAGCUGGUGGACAUCCGUGAGCCCGAAGCCCAUCCCAUCUGCUUCUUCCGCUGCGCCCGCCGGACCCUUCAGGCGCGUGGGACGAUCCUCACCUACCAACGACCAGAUCGAGUGGAAUUGGAGCCACUACCUGCCUGGUUACCUGUGGGUGACAACUUCACUCUAAGCUGCAGGGUUCCGGGAGCUGGACCCCGGAGUAGCCUUUCUAUCACCCUGCUUCGGGGAGCCCAGGAACUGAGCAGGCGGAGGUUCCCGGGAGAAUCUCCAAGAGCCAGGGGCGCUAUGGCCACGUACACGGCCACUGCCCGAAAGGAAGACCACAGAGCCAACUUCUCCUGCCUUGCUGAACUGGAUCUGAGGCCCCACGGACUGGGGCUCCUUCAGAACAGCUCCACCCCACAGGAACUCCACACGUUUGCCUUGGCCCCGGGGCCUCCUAGCCUCAAAUUCCCCAGGCUCCUGGAAUUCGGCAGGGAGCAGCUGGUGAGCUGUGAGAUGGACAAGCUGUUCCCCGCUGAUGAAGCCCACAUACAACUGGCUCUGGGGAGCCAGAUGUUAAGCCCCAGGAUCCUCCUGGAUGGGGACAAUCUGAGGGCUACGGCUACUCUCACUGUGAAAGAGGAAGAAGUUGAGGAUGAGGGGGACCAGGAGCUCACCUGUACCGUGACUCUGGGAGGACAGAAUCGAAAGGCCCAAGGAAACCUGACAGUCUAUAGCUUUCCUCAACCCAACCUCACAACCAGUGAACCCAGUGUCAGAGAGGGCACUUUGGUGAACGUGACGUGUGAAGCCCGUGCAGGUGCCCAGGUGCGGCUGGAUGGGGCUCCUGAACCUCCCCCGGGGGAGCCAGCCUGGCUCACACUGACUGCUAGUGAAGAGGAUGAUGAGCGGGUGUUCACCUGCGAAGCUCUCCUGGAGGUGAAGGGAGAGAUACUUCGCCGGAACCGAAGCCUGGAGCUCCAAGUUCUCUAUGGGCCGCGGCUGGAUGAGGCGGGCUGCCCGGGGAACUGGACGUGGCUGGAGGGGAUGGAAUCCACCCUGCAGUGCUGGGCCCCAGGGAACCCGGCCCCCGUGGUGGAAUGCACCCGGCCCGAAGGGGGCCCGGCCAUCCCUCUGGGCCUGCCCCUGCCCAUCAGCCGGGAUCACGCAGGCACCUACCAGUGCACCGCCUCCAACCUGGUGGGCCGGACAACCAAGGAUGUGACCGUGGUGGUGGAGUAUGCCCCCAGCUUCGGGGAGGCCGGCUGCCCCGGGGCCUGGACCUGGGUCAAGGGCUCUGACCACCGGUUCUCCUGCGAGGCUGACGGGAACCCGGAGCCGGAGGUGCUGUGCGCCAGGGCGGGGAACCUGAGCCGCGAGGAGCCGCUCCCCGCUUCGGGGGGCUCCCCCCUGGGGCACGCCCCCGCCCCCGGGCUCUACCGCUGCCAGGCCACCAACAGCCGCGGCUCGGCCAGCAAGACCGUCACCGUCCGGGCCGAGGCCCCGCCCCAGAUGGACGAAGCCAGCUGCCCCAGCCACCAGACAUGGCUGGAGGGCGCCCGCGCGCCGGCACUGACCUGCGAAGCCCAGGGCAACCCCCCUCCCAGGGUCCAGUGCUCGCGGGAGGGCCCGCAGCGGCCGGAGCAGCCCAGCGUGUCCAGGGCGGACGCCGGGACCUUCCACUGUGUGGCCACCAACAGCCACGGCUCAGACUCCAGGAUGGUGACCAUUGGGGUGGAGUACAGGCCCCUGGUGGCGGAGCUGGUGGCCGUGCCCCCGGGCAGGGUGAAACCGGGGGGCAACUUCACGCUGACCUGCCGGGCCGAAGGCUCCCCCCCGGCCCAGUACAGCUGGCGCACGCCGCCCGGCGCCUCCAACAUCGGCCUCUCGGGCAACAACAGCACCCUCAGCGUGGCCGGCGCCCUGGGCAGCCACGGAGGCGUGUACGAGUGCGCCGCCACCAACCCCCACGGCAGCCAUGCCCUGCAGAUCACCGUGCACGUGGCGGGGCCCUGGCUGUGGAUUGUCGUGGGCGGGGUGGCCGGAGGGGCCCUGCUGCUGGCCGGCCUGGGCGGCCUCUCCUACUACCUCCAGUCCACGGCCUGUAAGAAAGGAGAGUACAACGUGCAGGAGGCCGAGAGCUCUGGGGAAGCCGUGUGUCUGAACGGGAGCGGGGCCGGCGCCGGGGGCGGCACGGCGGGCACGGCGGGCACCGGGGCCGAGGCCGAGGGGGGAGGGGCGGAGGUGUACUCCAUCCAGCUGACCUCCACGUGAGCCCCCCCGGGCAGGAUUUCCCGCACCCCUGUCCCCCGCCGGGUGGGCAGCCCCUCCCCAGUAUUUAUUAACUGAUGUAUUUAUUUAUGGAGUCUGAGUGCCAAGGCAGCUGUGACCCAGGAUCCCUCCCCCCGCCCCCCGUUUUCUAUCCCUUAAUAAACUUUUUAUAAAUGGCUGGA